GCCAAUAAACGUCCUUAUACAGACGGAUGUGGUUUGCCGGAAAAUUGCACCAAUCACGACGCAGCACCCACUUCAUAGAGGGCGGGCCUUAACCGUAAAAAGAAAGUUGGCACACGCCAAUCAAGCAGAGCACUCGCUGCUCAUUGGUCGGCCAUUAUGAAUGAGGUGGGUCUUGACGACACACCGUGUGAGCUACUGUUGAAAUUCCAGUGCUAACCAACUUUAGCCAGCUUGCUAACAUGUAAUUUAGCUAAUGUGAAGAACUACAUAUACAGCGCUAAUCUGGAUUCAAAUGCAAAAAUAUUGUAUUACCAAUAUAAUUAUAUCGUAACAAAUUGUCUUGAUGAUUGCUACUGCGCGUGUCUUAUAACUGCAACCAGGACAUGUCCAGUUAGUUAGCCAGAACGCAGCACUCGGUGGAUAACGAACCUGGCAAGCUAACCAGACCCUUUCUACUGGGUCUGCGUUGUGGGAUUUUGACAGGUUUCAUCCACCCAGAGGACAAUAAAGCCGGUCGCUGUGACAACCAUGAGUCCCGCGGGCUGUCCCCAUGUCAACGGCUUCAAAGUGGACAACUGGAAGCAGAACCUGAGGGUUAUUUAUCAGUGUUUCGUGUGGAGCGGGUCAGCCGAGACCAGAAAACGCAAGGCCAAGUCGUGUAUCUGCCACAUGUGCGGCGCCCACCUCAACAGACUCCACUCAUGCCUCUACUGCGUCUUCUUCGCCUGCUUUGCCAAAAAACACAUCCACGAGCACGCCAAGAGCAAACGGCAUAACCUAGCCAUUGACCUGCUGUAUGGAGGAAUCUACUGUUUUAUGUGCCAAGACUACAUUUACGACAAAGACAUGGAACAGAUUGCCAAAGAGGAACAGAGGAAGGCCUGGAAAAUGCAAGGUAUGAUGCCACUUGCAUGUUUUACCUGCAUUUGGCUGGUAGCUCAUUUUGGACUCUGCCUCCACCCAUCCAUCCGGGCUCUUUGUCUAAUCUUUUUGUUUUCCUGCUUCUUAUUCUUGUAUCCCUCUGAACCCGCAGGCCUGCGCGGUCUAAUAAACCUGGGCAACACGUGCUUCAUGAACUGCAUCGUCCAGGCGCUGACACACACCCCGCUGUUGCGUGACUUCUUCCUGUCCGACCGACACAAGUGCGAGAUGCAGAGCAACUCCUGUUUGGUGUGUGAGAUGUCGCAACUCUUCCAGGAGUUCUACUCAGGUCACCGGUCGCCACACAUCCCCUUCCGUCUUCUCCACCUGGUGUGGACCCACGCCCGCCACCUGGCCGGCUACGAGCAGCAGGACGCCCACGAGUUCCUCAUCGCAGCGCUGGACGUCCUGCACAGACACUGCAAAGACGACAAUGGUAAGAAAGCCAACAACCCCAACCACUGUAACUGCAUCAUCGACCAAAUCUUCACCGGGGGCCUGCAGUCUGACGUCACCUGUCAAGUCUGCCACGGUGUCUCGACAACCAUAGACCCGUUCUGGGACAUCAGCCUGGACCUCCCGGGCUCCUCCACCCCGUUCUGGCCCCUCAGCCCUGGAGGAGACGGCUCUGCACUCAACGGAGAGAGUCACACCACCGGGGCCACAACACUCACAGACUGUCUGCGCAGGUUCACCAGGCCGGAGCACCUCGGCAGCAGUGCUAAGAUCAAGUGCAGCGGUUGCCAUAGUUACCAGGAGUCCACCAAGCAGCUGACCAUGAAGAAGCUGCCCAUCGUGGCCUGCUUUCACCUCAAAAGGUUUGAGCAUUCAGCCAAACUACGGCGGAAGAUCACGACUUAUGUCUCCUUCCCGUUGGAGUUGGACAUGACCCCCUUCAUGGCCUCCAGUAAAGAGAGCAGGAUGAACGGGCAGUACCAGCAGACCGUGGACCCCUUCAACAAUGACAAUAAGUACAGUCUAUUUGCAGUAGUGAACCACCAGGGGACACUAGAGAGCGGCCAUUACACCACCUUCAUCCGCCAGCACAAGGACCAAUGGUUCAAAUGUGACGACGCCAUCAUCACCAAGGCCAGCAUCAAGGAUGUCCUGGAUAGUGAAGGGUACCUCUUGUUUUAUCACAAACAGUUCCUGGAGUACGAGUAGUUUCUCUCCACCAGAGCCGACCGCGGGUGGAGACGAGGGAUGAUGCAAGGAUGAGUUGCACGGGAAAAGGUAACAGAGGGACGAGACGGGCAUGGAAACGGAAACGCAAGCCUGCCUGAGUCACUCCUUAAUUGCAACUCUCACUCGUAACAUGGAACCACCCCUUACUCCAUACUAGUCUAGUUCCACUCGUACGACAUUCAAAAGAGAACUGUGCGCGAGUGUUUAGGAACCAAACAAAAUGCGAUGAACACGGGAUGGAGACAUGUAUGGGCCCUGAUGGGUUAUUGUAUAAAAUGACGUUCACUUGAAUUCAAAGGAUAAAAGCAGCUGUGAUCAUCCGCUGUACUGCGAAAUCAGCGUGUACUUGAGAUCAGGCAAAAGACAUACAGCGUCGUAUCGCCUUUUUCCACUGUUUUUGUCUGUUUUUACAGACAGAUGGACAGAAGGUUAUUUUUCAACUUUCAUUUAUCCGGGGAAGGUUGACUUAAUCCCCGAUGCUGUUCUUCACCGUGUUUUGUGUUCGCACAUCUGCAUUUAACAACACCUUAACGUGAAAAUAUUUGGAGUCACAGCCUUCCACAAGGAUUUGAGGCUCUGCUUCAAAGAAUUUCUUCAUCCUUUUUCAUUUGCUUCACCUGAACCUCAACUUCUGGACACAAGCGCACUUGUCUGACACACUCCUCCUAAUGACCAAAUAUUUUAAAGGAUGGAAGUUAUCAUGCUUUUUUUGUUGAGAAUGCAAAAAAGCAGAGGAAAAAAAACUAGAGUGACAGUUAAUUCCAUUUAUUACUCGUGAGUUUGUAGUCAGUCAGAUACUUAUAGGAAACAUUGACUUUAACAAGUAGUACGCAAAGGAUCUGUUGUUUUCUGCCUCUCAUGCUCAUUCCAACAGUCCCGGGGGAAAGAAGUGACACGGUGAACAUUUUUAUACAUGCUGUACUGAAAUCGUCUGUUACGGUUUUGCAUCUUCCCUAAACUCCCGCAUUGUUCGCCUGUGUCACUUUGUGCCAUCAAUCAUGUUUUUUUUCUUUUUACACACAAAAGCAAAAAUAGUGCCGCUAACAGUCAUGGCAAGGCAACACUUCUUUUGAAAGGGUGUGCAUAAGACUGACAUGACACCGUCAUAACAAUGAUAUGACACCUGUCAUGAACAUGAAGGAGUCUUUUGGAUGUUGUGUCAUUUGCUACAUUGUCUCACUUUUAACGCUAAGUAAGCAUUGCUUGAGAUGUUUGUGUUGGCGUAAUGAUGGUAACUCAUGAAGCUAAGUAGUUUCUUAAACCUUGAUAACUAGGCCCGCCGUGACAUAUUUUUGACAGCUUAUGGUGUCUUGGUUAAUGUCAAGUUGACAUAACACUGGUUGUUGUCAUGGCUCAUGUCAAGUUGUCAAACACAAACAUCUCAAACAAUGCUAACUUUGCAUUAAAAGUGUCAAAAUGGAAAAAAUGACACUCAAUAGCCACCAGUCAUCAACAUUCAAAAAGACUCACUGUCACAGUUACAACUGUGUCAUGUCAGUCUUACGCACACCCCUUCAUUCAAACACAGUGGAACCCAGUCACGACACUGCUGCUAUGGCGGCUUCAUUUAAUUUUCUUUAUUUCCUGUUUAAUUUGGCGCUACAGAGUCAUAUUCUUCAUAUUCAAGAUAUAUUGUCGCCCUGCUGUUUCAGGUAAAUGGCAACAAAAAAGUAUGUAUAAUGGGUCCGAAGCUCGGUCCUGCAUUGUUAACCGUCGGCCGCAUGUAGCUCUAAUUGUGUGUGUGUGUGUGUGUGUGUGUGUGUGUGUGUGUGUGUGUGUGUGUGUGUGUGUGUGCCCGCCCGAGAAGGGGAAAGAAAAGAAAAGCUCAGUGUAGAUGUUUGUAUAAAAUGUGUCAUUUUGCAUAAAGAGAGAAAAACACAAAGUGCGUAUGUGUUACCGUUUGUAUGCACGUGUGUCGUGCGUAUGUACCGAGUGUCCGUGUACUGAAUCAGUACUUGCAUUCAGCAUGCCGUCUGAGCUGGGUAUCACAGUUUGAUAGGAUCUUUUUUUUUUUUUUUCACAUGUUGAUGAUGUAUGUUAAAGUAUAUGUGUACAGUUUGUAUGUAAGAGACAAAUUGUGAAACCUCAGAGUGGAUUUUCUUCUUCUUUAUCGCUGGAUCCGGCCACGGGCUCGGAAUCAGAAGAAACGUUGAACUCAACCCGGUCGAUCAUUCCCCACACACACACACAAAGACACACACACACACACACACACACACACACACACACACGUAACUGCUGCAAGAACUGGACACAGUGAUAGAAAAAGACACUCAAAUAAAGAAAAUCUAUAUCUGUUAA